AGGACCUACCAACCAGAAUUUAGAGGAGAUAAAGUUGCCGCGUCCUUCUUCAUCUCCCAAAUCCAACGCCCCUCCUUGAUUUCGCCAUCUUCUUCACGGCACCGGAAAAAACGAAACCUACUGCCUGAAAAUCUUCAUCGAAUCGAAUCCUCCGGAGCAAAUUAAUCCCUCUUUUUGGCCGUACUUCAGGCUGAUCAAAUUCAUCAUCUCCUUGGCCAUUUCGAUCCUUUCUUCGUUGGUAAAGUUUAUCUCUCUUAAUCUGAUCUAUUUCCUGUUUUUUUCUGCUCUGAGACGCGGAUUUAAUCUUUAAAUUUGCUUCCAUUGCGUUUCUGUUGAACGAGAUUGAUGUAUAGAUUUCUAAUGAUUCAUGGAUUUUGAAUAGUUCAUACUUCUUUUUGUGGUCGAUGAUAUUUUGCUGAUAUCUCUGCCAGGAUUUGAACAUUCCUUUUUAGAAAAUCUGUAUGAGGUUUCGGUGACGUUUUAUCAAAUUGUUCAUUGUUUCAGUACAAGUUUGGUGAUUUUUAUAGGAAAAAAAAGAAGAAAUAGAACGUAAUUUUCUUUUGUGACAUCUUUUCUGGUAUAUUGGAACGUAUUAUGAGCAAUGGAUCUGACAAUUUUCUCCAGAAAACCCAAAUUAUUGCUGAAAUGCAGUGGAAUGGGGUGAGAAGAGCCCAUUCUUUAUGGUGCAAGAGUCUAACAAACAACACUCAUUUGCAUCAUGCUUAUAUUCCAGUCUCGCACUUUGUCACCAUGUCGAGUUUAGAGGAGCCGCUAGCCUUUGACAAGUUGCCAAGUAUGAGUACCAUAGAUAGGAUUCAGAGGUUUUCAUCGGGUGCUUGUCGGCUCAGGGAUGAUGUCGGCAUGGGACACCGAUGGAUCGAGGAAAGAGAUUGCAGCACGUCAAACAGUUGCAAUGAUGAUGAUAAAAGCUUCGGUAAAGAGUCAUUUCCGUGGAGAAGGCAUACUCGGAAAAUAUCUGAAGGAGAACAUCUACUAAGGAAUAUUUCAUUCUCAGGAAGGAAUUCCACAGUUUCUGGGACUUUAUGGGAAUCCAAAAAUUUUCAGGAGCAUAAGUAUCACACAAUUAGCAAUGAGAAUGGCAUAUCACAUUCAAGUAACAAAAUUGUUAGAGGUGUACCGAAAUUUGUGAAGAUUGUAGAAGUUGGUCCAAGGGAUGGCCUGCAGAACGAGAAAAAUAUAGUACCCACAUCUGUCAAGGUGGAACUAAUUCAGAGAUUAGUUUCUUCCGGAUUGCCUGUUGUUGAGGCUACGAGUUUUGUAUCACCUAAAUGGGUUCCCCAGCUUGCAGAUGCAAAGGAUGUAAUGGAUGCAGUAAGUACUCUAGAUGGGGCUCGACUGCCAGUUCUAACACCAAAUCUGAAAGGAUUUGAAGCGGCUGUAUCUGCAGGUGCUAAGGAAGUUGCAAUCUUCGCUUCUGCUUCUGAGUCAUUCUCCUUGUCAAAUAUCAACUGUACCAUUGAAGAGAGUCUCUUGAGAUUUCGUGCUGUUACCACUGCUGCAAAGGAGCAUUCGAUUCCUGUCCGUGGGUAUGUAUCUUGCGUUGUCGGGUGUCCAGUAGAGGGAGCCGUUCCACCCUCAAAAGUGGCUUAUGUUGCGAAAGAACUCUAUGAAAUGGGCUGCUUUGAGAUUUCUUUGGGUGACACAAUUGGAAUCGGCACUCCUGGUUCUGUGGUUCCCAUGCUUGAAGCCGUGAUGGCAGUUGUGCCAGCAGAGAAGCUUGCUGUUCACUUCCACGAUACCUACGGGCAAGCUCUUGCAAACAUAUUGGUGUCUCUCCAAAUGGGAAUAAACAUAGUAGACUCAUCAGUCGCUGGAUUAGGCGGUUGCCCAUAUGCAAAAGGAGCUUCAGGAAAUGUAGCCACAGAAGAUGUGGUUUACAUGUUGAACGGUUUAGGCGUCCAAUCCAAUGUCGAUUUGGGAAAGCUUAUAGCUGCUGGAGAUUACAUCAGCAAGCAUCUUGGCCGUCCAAACGGUUCCAAGGCUGCCGUUGCCCUCAACCGUCGGAUCACAGCUGAUGCCUCCAAGAUAUGAGUGUUUAUAAGAGGAUUCACAUAUCUAAAACUCUUAUGAAUAUGAUACGAAAGAGAAAGUGAAUAUAACUUUUAUAUAAAGAUGAUAUAUGAAUGGUUCAUUGGUAUAAAUGAUGCAUUGGAA